AUGGAAGAUUAUUUGUCGUCAAUGAUAACGGAUACCGAUAAGAAGAAACCUGAAAGAAAGGUUGAACACCUGGUUGGUACGGUAUUUUCUUGGUCUCUCAGUGAUAUGCAUAACCGAAAUCUAUACAAAGACAAAGAGCCAGAGAUUCCCAAGACAUUUUCAUCUGUGUCUGAAUAUACUAAGUCAUUCGUUUAUCCUAUCAUUGAGGAGACACAUGCGGACUUGCUUUCAAAGGUACUGGGACUCAACCAUUGCCCUACUGCCAAGAUUAUAAAGGUGCAAAAAUCUAAAGGUUUUAAGCUUCCCAAACGAUUAUCAUACACCAUCGUACUUACCAGACGUGAAGGAUGUUAUGUACCUGUGGUUGGAGAUCUCAUUGCUUUGACUGAUGUAAGGCCAAAAUCUGUCGAAGAUCUUCAGAGGCCGCACAAGUCUUACCUCAUUGCCUUUGUCGAACGAAUUAAGAUCAGAAAUUCAAAAUAUGAACUGUCGGUUUUAUCAUCGAAACCAAUCUAUCAACAAGAGGUUGAAGAUGAUAUUGGAAAAGAUUCAACAAGCUAUCGUGUGGAGGAUGUAAAACAUUUUGCCGUUUGUCUUACAAAUUUGACAACAAACGUUCGUAUUUGGCAUGCACUUCACAUGGAGAUGCAAGCAGACGAAUUGAAGAUGAUAAAAAAAGUGCUUCGAGUCGAUUUUCCUGUUGAAGAAGGAUGUGCCAGAUGUUCUGCUACAACUGCAGACUUGACUUCGAUGGAGAUGAGGGAAGCUCUCAAUUCGUUCCAGCUUGACGGUUCACAAGAAGCUGCUGUUUUGAGUUGUCUUGCUGCGAGAAAAUGUCGUCACCAAAAUACGAUAAAGUUAAUAUGGGGUCCGCCAGGGACUGGAAAGACUAAAACAGUUGGUUCAUUAUUAUGUAUGUUGCUGAGGAUGAAGUGCAGAACCCUAACUUGUGCUCCUACUAAUAUUGCAGUUGUAGGAGUUACCAAACGGUUUAUGAGCUUACUGAGGGACUCUUUGCCACAUAAUGUGUAUGGUUUAGGAGAUGUAGUUUUGUUUGGAAAUAGAGAGAGAAUGAAGAUUGAUGAUUGUGUAGACCUUCAAGAUAUCUUCUUAAAUGACCGUGUUAAAAUUCUUGUUGAUUGCUUAGCUCCAUUUUCAGGAUGGAAAGGUAUCAGUGAGUGGAUGAUUUGUUUUCUAGAGGAUCCUGAGGUUCAGUAUCAGUUGUACAGGAAGAAACAUCUAGAAGGUGAUGAAAGGGAGUCAGAAGAUAAGGAUGAUGAGGAAGAGGAUUUGGCUGAUCCAUCACGGGUAAAGGAAGCAAUGAAAAAGAUGAAUUGGAAGACUCUCAUUAAAAGUACAUUGAAAGGUGAAAAGAGACCGAUAAAUGGUGAGAUCUCCACUAAGACUGCAAAUGAACUUCCAUCUAAGCAAAAAACGGACAAAACAAAACUUCCAGAUUAUAUUAUGACAUACGAGCAGUUUGUGACAAAGGGGUUCAACUUUCUUGAAAAUCGUCUUGCAUCUUGUAUUGAGAACUUGUGUAUGCAUAUGCCGACGCGCGUCAUUUCAAUGGGGGCAGUUGAACGAAUGAUUGGACUUGUUCGUUCUAUGAAACGUUUUGGACAAUUACUGAAGCAAACCGUUGAUGCGAAUGUAAAGCUAAGAAAGGCCAUGAAUGGAUUUGAUGAUUUUAGGACAGGAGGAAUGAGUAACUUAUAUGCUCACAGAAUGUCAAUUCUUAAAUCACUCAAAUACCUUCAAAAAGCAUUGCUUUUUCCAGAUAUUAAGGGAGGUUCAUAUAAAAGAUUUUGUUUGGAAAAUGCAUGUUUGAUAUUUUGUACUUCAUCAAGCUCCACGAAUCUGCAUAGAGAAGUAAAGGAACCCUUAGAAUUUCUUAUUAUUGAUGAAGCUGCUCAGCUAAAGGAAUGUGAAUCUCUCAUACCCUUGCAGCUUAGAGGUCUUCGUCAUGCUAUUCUUGUUGGGGAUGAAAAACAACUCCCUGCUAUGGUUCAAAGCAAGAUUUGUGAGGAGGCUGAAUUUGGAAGGAGUUUAUUUGAGAGGCUUGCAUCAUUAGGCCAUAAGAAGCACCUUCUUAAUGUUCAAUACAGGAUGCAUCCAUCCAUAAGCCAGUUCCCAAAUAGGGAGUUCUAUGACAACCAAGUCUUGGAUGGUGGGAAUGUCAAAAGCAAUUUGUAUGGGAAGUGUUUUCUUCGAGGAGGUAUGUAUGGUUCAUACUCUUUUAUAAACGUAACUUCUGGCAAGGAGGAAUUUGAUAGGAGCCAGAGUAGAAAAAAUCUAAUGGAGGUGGCUAUUGCAGCUGAAAUAAUUGCAAGUCUUUUUAAAGAAUCUGUUGCAAGAAAACGGCGGGUGAGUGUGGGUUGCAUAUCACCAUACAAGGCUCAGGUAACUGCAAUACAGGAAAAACUUGGCAACAAGUACAAGGGUUCUGAAAAUUUCUUUACUGUCAAUGUCCGGUCUGUUGAUGGAUUUCAAGGGAGUGAGGAGGAUGUAAUUAUCAUAUCCACAGUGAGAUGUAACGGGAGUGGAUCUGUUGGUUUUCUUUCUAGUCAUCAAAGAACAAAUGUGGCACUGACCCGAGCCAGAUACAGUUUGUUGAUUUUGGGUAAUGGAUCAACUCUGAUUAAUAGUGGAUCUAUUUGGAAGAACUUAGUUGUUGAUGCAAAGGACCGUGGCUGUUUUUUCAACGCUAGCGAAGACAAAAACUUGGCUCAAGCUGUUUUGGGGGCCUUUAUUGAGCUUCGCCAAUAUGAUAGUAUAUUCAAUAUGGAUUCAUUCCUUUUUACUGAUGCUAAAUGGCAGGUAAAGUUUAGUGACAUGUUCUUGGAUAAAAUUGGGAGAUUUUUCAACCCUGAAAUUUGUAAGGAAGUUGCUUUCCUUUUGGUUAAGCUUUCGAGUGGCUGGCGGCAACCACAAAAGGAUGGAAACACAAUGGUCAACAUAGAAGGAGCAUGGCCACUCUUGGUGAAGUACAAUGUUACACGAAACUUGCGAUUGAUUUGGGCCGUAGACAUUGUAGUACAAAAUUCACGUUACAUCCAGGUGCUAAAGAUCUGGGAUAUUUUACCUGCUGUUAAGAUUGAAAAGCUGGCAAAGAUAUUGAUGCAAAAGGUAUAUGGGAAUUAUACGGAAACUAUGAUUAGCCGCUGCAAAGAAGAAUGUUUUGAUGGGAAUCUGACACUUCCAAUUACAUGGCCCCUAGACUCAGAGACAGAUCUUAGUUGGAACUUGGCGAACCAGUUAGCUGCUUUAAGUUUAAGGGACCAGUGUGCAUCUUCUUCGUCAUCAAGAACUAGAAGUGGCUGUGGGUUCGGUGAUACAAAAUCCACGAACUACUGUUAUUCAAAAUCUCAUGGAAGGAGAAGUAGGCGGGAAAGCGAAUGGCCUUGUAUAUGGUUUUUUUUGGUAAAGUUUAGUGACAAGUUCUUGGAUGCAAUUAAGAUAUUUACUAAUCAAGAAAUUCAUAAGAAAGUGGUUUCUCUUUUGGUUAAGCUUUCUAGUGGCUGGUGUCAACCACAAAAGGAUAUGAUCACACAGAUGGAACACGUUCACUAG